UUGUGAAAUUCGACGGAAUCCUCGUAAGAAGAGCUUCCAUCUGAUUCCGCGACGUGGCGCCACCGGUCGGCAUUCUCGCGCCCUCAAGUGGCGCAGCGCUCCUGCCGCUCUUCCGGUUCGUCUGCUACUAUACGGCGCGGCGUCGUCUGCUACGGGGCCGAGAGAGAAACGCCGGCCCAAAGCCGGCUCAUUCUAGAAAACCGGGCCGGCGAGCAGUCUGCCUUUGGCGGCCGGUGUGGAGGAGCGUUGGUUGUUGUGCUUCGGGUCGCGACGUCUUCUCGCCUUCGUUGUGUGUGUGUGUGUUCUUCAGAGCGAGAAACGCGUAGUAGUAUACGAAGGGGGCGUGCGGCCCUGUUUUCCUCGCGUCUGACGAAGCAGACGCGAAUGUCGCGUUGUAGCGCACGGUCGUCGUCGUCUGUCACGUAGCUGGUUUACCGCGUGACCAAAAUCUUCGUGCACCAGAUUCGUCAGCUGUUUGCUUUUGACGUCUUGAAGAGUACCAGGGGUGCUGUGUAAUGAACCCGUCUGAUUAGCUGUUGUGACUUGGAAGUGACUUGGAACUCAACUGCGUGCUCGGAAGCUCCCGUCUUUUCGCGGUGUAGUAAGCGAUCGUCGCGGGUUUCGGCAACGCUCAACAUCUGCGGUGUUGCGAGGCUUUUGUUCUUCUGUCUCCGUGGCAUUUCGAGCGUCGCUUUGUGCCCAGAAGGAGCGGCUAUUUCGUCUGCAUUGUCGUCUGUUCGGUCGUUCGUCGAGUUUGGUUUCGUGGUCCAGCCAUGAGGAUUAACGGUCACAAGGAGGUUCGCUUCCAAGACACCUGCGACGAAGGUGGGGGCAGUCAGGAGCAGACGACCCAAGAGGAAGAGGACAUGCUGAACCAUGACGAGCUGUCCCUCCAGGAGCGGGUCAGCGACCUCGAGAAGAAAAGCCUCGAGCAGGCGGACGAGAUCACCUGCCUGCGGAGCACCAUUGCCGACCUGCUCAGGCGCAUCAACCAGCUCGAGGGGAGGGCUCCGGUGAUCACAAAUUCCAACAGCCAUGCCACAACGCCAACCAAGGUGUCGCCGUCCUUGCCUCAGCACCCGGCUGCCGUCCAGAACCGACAUACAUUUCACAGACAGGCCAGCAACAGUUCCACAUCGUCCUACACGGACGGGGUGACGCCGCACAAUGGCAACCACCACCCGACGCACACUUCGCCAGGGGUGGCACCCCAGCGCCGACUCAGCUACUUUCCUACUGCCUCCACCAGUUCACUGCACAGUGAGGGUGGCCAGAGCUCGACGUCAGCGUCGCCCGUUCCGUCUCCGGCGCCCUCGUCCUACCGCAGCUCCCCCUCGCCCCGGCAGACGCCCUCCCCGAACCGCCACAUCUCGGCCUCCACGUCCAACCUGUCCGCCAUGAAGCGGUGGAGCAGCAGCUGCAGCAGCCAGGACUUUGCCACUGCCAGCAGACGCAUUGUAAGUGGUUCCAUGUACAAUCUGCCCAUGCGGUCUUCCUCGGGGACUCUCUAUAGACAUGGCACAAGAGAGGCCCAGCUCAAUACAGAGGAUGGCACUGUGCGAAUGUACCUGCGUGGCCGCCCCAUUGUGAUGCACAUUCCGAGCGAGCAACUUCACGACUACAGUCUCAUGAAGGUGAACAGUGCGCCAUCGCAGAGGCUCAAGCUGGAGUGGGUCUACGGGUACCGGGGCCGCGACUGUCGGGCCAACCUGUUCCUCUUGCCCACGGGCGAGAUGGUCUACUUCAUAGCAGCCGUGGUGGUCCUCUACAAUGUGGAGGAGCAGAUUCAGCGGCACUACCUGGGACACACGGACGACAUCAAGUGCCUUGCAGUUCAUCCAAACAAGCUCCUGAUCGCAACAGGUCAGGUAGCAAGUAUAGACAGACGAGAGAGAAAGAACCGGCGCACAGAGAUAAGGCUGGAGGAAGAGGGUUUUAUGCCCCAUGUCAGGAUAUGGGACUCCGUCAGCCUCAACACCUUGCACGUCAUUGGAGUUGGUGACUUUGAACGAGCAGUCAGCUGCAUUGCAUUCUCCAAGAUGGACGGUGGCUCCAUCCUGUGUGCAGUGGACGACUCGAGCGAACACACCAUCUCCCUCUGGGACUGGCAACGAGGGGAGAAAGGGGUCAAGAUUACGGAGACAAAGAGUGCCUCGGAUGCUGUUCUGGCUGUGGAGUUCCACCCGAUGGACCGGCACACCCUGGUGACACUUGGAAAGGGCCACAUCCACUUCUGGGAUAUGGAGGGGGGAACACUCGCCAAAAAGCUUGGCCUCUUUGAGAGGGACAGUCCCGGCAGCGGCGACUCUACUGUCACAAGCAAAUACCUGGUGAAGAGCAACAAGCCCAAGUACGUGCUCUGCAUGACCUUCACAGAGCUUGGGGAACUGCUCACCGGGGACUCCAAUGGAAACAUCAUGGUCUGGCAAAGGGGCUCCAACAAGGUGUGCAGGACGGUUGUAGGUGCCCAUGACGGUCCACUGUUCUCGAUCUGCGCCAUGAAGGACGGCACGAUAGUCACAGGUGGUGCAAAAGAUCGCAAGGUGGUCCAGUGGGAUUCCAGCCUCACGAGGACAGGACAAGAGGCCAAGCUUCCGGACAUGGCUGGUGGGAUUCGAACCCUCGCCCAGGGCAAAGGCAGCAUGCUGCUCAUCGGGACCACUCGGAACUCGAUCCUGCAGGGAACGUUCAGCCUCAACUUCUCCACUGUCGUGCAGGGCCACACGGAGGAGAUCUGGGCGCUGGCGGUCCACCCAACGCAGAACCAGUUCGUGACGGGCGGCUACGACUGCCAGGUGCAUCUCUGGGACACCCUGUCGCACUCGGUAGUCUGGAGUCGGGACCUGGGCGAACAGGCACAGGCUGCGUGCUUCUCUCCCGACGGCAGUGUGCUGGUGCUCACGACACGGACGGGUCGGUGGAGCGUCAUAGACUCGUCCACGCGGCAGCUCUACUCCAUGCACAGUGACGGCACCGAGCCCAUCGACGCCGUGGCAUUCUCGCCAAAUGGCCAACUUCUUGCCCUCGCCUCACGAGACAGCUUCAUCUACGUGUACCAAGUCAGUGAAGAAGGCCGCAAGUACAAUCGCAUCAGCCGGUGUUCGGGCCACUCGAGCUUCGUCAUCCACCUGGACUGGGCAGUUGACAGCACGUACCUGCGUUCAUGUUCUGGCGAUUACGAGAUCCUCUACUGGAAUGCCUUGGUCUGUCGGCAAGUCACAAACAUGUCCAUCACUCGAGACCUCAAGUGGCACACACAGACGUGCACCAUUGGCUUUAGCGUGUAUGGUAUCUGGCCUGAGAAUGCCGAUGGCACGGACAUAAACACUUGCUCACGUUCCCACUCGGGCCGACUACUUGCCACCGGUGAUGACUUUGGCAAAGUCAGGGUCUUCUCCUACCCUGCCUCCCAGCCCAAGUGCCUGAGCCACAUGUAUGGUGGUCACAGCAGUCACGUGACAGCAGUGGACUUCUUGCCCGAUGACAACCGCCUCAUCUCCCUGGGCGGACGGGACUGUGCAGUGCUUCAGUGGGCCGUCGUCUGAAGCUGCAAGUGGCACCGAAAGAAAUAGUUGGGCCCCACGCUUCGAAGUCGCACGACAAGGAGUUGCACCUCUGCACCCAGGACAAUACAGGACAACACGUCAAGAGUGGCACAAGGCUGUUCUGUUUGUUUCAACACACCUGAGAAUACCACCACUGUAGAGGGUCUUGAUUGGCUUCGAGGAGCCAGUGCGUUGGAAUUUUCCAGUGGCGAAACAGUCCAGGACGUAGCUCAAAGAAUUGAACAUGCAGAGGGUGACUUGCGAAAGGCAAUUCGGUUGUGAUGUGUGUUCACAGCCUGUGAUUGUCAGUUGUUUGUGAAGUCGUGACCGUCUUUUGCAUUGCAUGUCACAGUAGGUUGUUGUGUGGGCAGUCGACGGAGGCAGAUGUGUAAGGUUGCUGUAAUCGGCUUGCCGAGUGAGGCUUAUGCAAAUGUGCAGAGAAAAUUGCGGCUGAAAGGAAAAAAUAAUGCUUUCGCUGUCUCUUCUAUUCUGUUUGCAGCCGGUGAUUGUUGGUACUGAAUCAAAUUAGCUAUUUGCGUCGCAUGCUGCCAAUUCAAGCAGUUGUAUCUGCAUUUGUCGGAUAUAGAUGUACAAUUCAGCGCCGUAAUCAGCUUGCUCUGCAAAACCAGUGCAAUUGUAUCGAGCAAAAUCAUAUGUGCAUGCUGACACUGCUAAUGGUGGUUAUCAUGGGCUAAGUAAUUUGUAGCUACUUCGAGGAUCACGACAGUUUUGUUUUUAUUUUUGGUAAUCAUUGAACCAACACAUGAUGUGCAGCCGUAAGCAUUGACUGUCACUGUCGUCUGUUUUGGAAAGCAGAGGUAGCGAUUAUUGUUUUACCGGUUGUUGAGGCAUACGUACGUGUCUGAUAAUAUGCCAACGUAUCACUGUCAGGAUGUAAUUGUACACUGCCCACUGCAUCAUUGGAAGGAUUGUUCGUUUCCCAUCAAAAUCUAAGUUGCAUGUUGUGUUCGUGAGUUCUGGCAAGUCCAUUUUCAGCAUCUCCCUUCACCCCAUCUGCAUGUUGUUCUUGUUUUCUUUUCGAUUUAUGGUUGGAUGAGAUCAUUGCCUCAUAAUCACCAUACUGUGGGCGGUUAUCCCAAGCCAUCACUUUUUAUGCGUACAUUUUGUUAAGAUAGAAAUGUGGUUUCCUCUAUUUUUUUUUCUUUUUUUCUUUCUAUACAGAUGACUCUUAGUGCCUAGUACACAGCCUUUGCCAGAAAGAAUGCAGCUACUAAGCUCGUGAUCACAGCUCCGAGGUAUUCCACGCGUGCGACACACAGUCCUGCGCUCGUACUCGCUGACACAGUCACACCCUGGCAGCGUUGUUUGUUUUGAGAAAUUUUGGUACGUAGCAUUUUAUGGGAAGGACAGAUGUGCUAUUCCUUUCUGUGUCCUUAGUUGAACAAGUUAGGCGUGAACACGUUGAUCAGUGACGUGCCUCAACCACAAACUCUGUAAAGUUCUUGCAUGUUUAUCAUUGCGCAGGUAAGCAGAGGCCCGUGUUCAUUACUGGCAGGUUUAGUUUAGAUUGUCCUAAAUGACUGCUGUGUGUUUCACAAAUGAAGGUUUGUCUUCGCUUUUGUCACCAUCUGAAGCCGCUAUUCUUUUUUUAACUUUUUUAAGUGACGACUGUUUUCAACCAUGAAUCUUAUGACAAUAUAACAAUCGAGUUACUUCUGACAAUGUUUCAAGUUGUUUCCUGCAUUGUGUGAACAUUCGCGACCAAGAAUUGCACCUUCUUUGUGCAACUUUUGUUUAAUCAGCCUCUCUCCUUUCGUACUCUGUUAUGAUGGUUGUGCAAGGAGAUGUUGCAAGUAGUAGUUGUAGCAUCCAGUUGCCAUUGUGCAAUGGUUUCAAAUUUGUUGCACUUAAUGGCACCAGGUUGAAUUCAGACAAUUUUGUACACUCUUGCAGCAUUUCUUCCAUUGUUUAUUUAAUGCUGUUGCUCGUGAGGUAAGCACACUGUCCUAAUAGAUUUUCAGAAAGAAAAAAAACAACAAAGAACUGCCUCCAACGGAAGCUUUUGUUCACUGUGGCUUUUGUGGUUUUUGUUGCCUGUAGACAUAAAUGGAAGAGAAAAAAGACUGUGAUUCUGCAUUUUGAACUUCCACAUCGUAGUAGCUCAUACGAAACAACACAGGUGCUUUGUAAAAGCCAUCCACGUCGGCAAUUUGUACUGCAGUCUAUUUUGACUUCGAGUGUUCCUGCUGGUUUGAGCUUGGUGUACACAAGGGUUCAGCGUGUGACAUACGUAAAAAAAAAGUAAGCUUAACAGCAAUACACGAGGCAUGUGAAAAUGUCUACGAUGAGUUGAGGUUGUGACUGUGCUCUUAGUGUCUGCUACAUCCGUGUUGUGUGCACAAGCAUGGCGCUGGACAUGUGUGCAAAGGUUACACUUCCAACUGCUAUGCCGUAAUUUCAUAUCAUUUAUAGUGUGACCGAAAAAUUUUAGGAUUGAGUAUUUAAAGUGUUUGUUGCAUGGAGUAAUUGUGACGCGGUCAGUCAUCAGUGACAUAACUGUGAGACUAUCGCAAUCAUUGUAACGCACCUCUGUAUGUGAUGCUGAUUUGUAAAAAUUGAGUUUGGGACUUGAUUAUAGUUGUGUGUGGUACAUUUGCAUGCAACGUUUUUCACUCCAGCAUACCAUGUUUGGGACAUGCGCAUGGUUUUCCACAGAGUUGAGGGAUAGACUGUAUUUACAAUGCACAUUCAUUCCCAGUGCGAGUAAAGUUUGCCGAGAAUGUUGGAACUGCAUUUGCCAGGUCCAGCUUUGUGCAGUAGACAAAGAAAUUGUUCCAUGAAAGCCACAAAGAAAUUGAAAGCAUUCGCAGCAGUUAACUAUUGAGAACGUUCUCACUUUGCACAUCUCUUCAUCUUGAGCAGCAGAUGCUUUCAGUGCGAGGUACGAUAAUUGUGGGUACACAAUUGUGGAUUACAGUGCUUGCUAUGUAUCACACUGCAGUCCUUUAUUGCAAUAAUGCUUCUUAUAGUGAUAGUUAUGGAUCACUACAUUAUAACUGCCUCCUUUUGCUAGAACUUCACAUGGCACUAGUGUUUUGAAGCCUUUAAUCAAACACUUAGACAGUUCCAAAAUAGCGUUUGUGAUGAGGUGGGAGCUUGAAUUUUCUUGCACGUCUCUGGGAGUGUGAACAAACUAUGAAGGGGCUCUCUUUCCGGUGUUUUGUAAAAAUGUGAAAGCCCUAAAUGCAUGGAGUUUUUGAACGCUUGUCUUGGUAUGUGCACUUUGCAGUGACAAAGCAUGCUGGCAACUUCCAACAUUACAUUGCUUGUCUUUAGCUUUUUUUUUUGCACUAGAUUGUUUUGCCAGCAUUGUUUUCUUGUGGUUAGCACUGUGCAAGUCAUUAAUUUCAUCAGAGAUUUUCAUUUUGACAUGAUCUGGAUGUGGAGCGAGUGUUUUUUGUGAGAAGUGACUCUUGUUUUUACUGCACUGAGAUUGCGUAUUUGGGCACUGACAGCUAUAUCUGGUGAGAUUGAAGUUGUCUGGAAAGACAAUGCAUGAGCUGGACUUUCUUUUUAUACUUUCUUUUUUGGUAUGUUCGUUCCUGUUUGUCUUGCUAAAUGUCGGGUAGCAUGUAUGCCACCAGUUAGUGGAAGAAUAAUUGUGCAUUAACAGUUUAGCCUCUUUAGCAUGGAAAUGAGGGAUGCCACUUUUACUCAUUCGUUGUAAUGCAGCAAGGCUGCAAGCCUGCUGCAUUAAUAUAGUGCAUUCUGGGGUGGAGCCGUUUGCAGAUAUUUGUACAUUCAAUCAAAAGCGCAUGGCGAAAGUGAAUGAAAAAUGAAUCGAGCAAUACUCUGGCGAGCUUUUACACAGCAAAGUGCAUGUCACAUUGUGCUUAUAUAUCCCGGUGCUUGUUAACUCUUCCCAAACGUGCACAUACUUUUCGACAGUUUUGUGCAGACUAUCCCAUUCACUGGCAGUAAAUGAUGAAACUGCUUGUAGCAGUAGGUCUAUUUGUUGCUGGUCUGCUAGCAAGCUAUGAAAUAGGCAUUUGUAACAACAAGUCAUCAUAACAUAAACAGAUGUUGUUGUUUCGCUUGUCUGGUCGGAGGUCAUAGAUGUUGGAUGUGAGGGGAUGUCUUUUGUGAAGUUACUGACAUGCUCUUAUUAGUUCGCAUUUGUUGUGCAUCUGCGGUUGUUUUUAUCGCAUCAACAAUGAAUGACAAGUUUGCAGCUGUUUUACGUUACUGUGCUUACCGUUCAAAGUGAGACUGCUUUUUUAUUUUAGCACUGUUUACAUUUGUUGCAAUGUUUUACCAACUGCUUGCUCGUUUUGCGGUGCAUGGUAGGUUGCGAUUGUUCAGUAUAAACAUGGUGAAUUUUUUUUUUUUUUUCACGUUUAACAUUUCGCUCGGUUACUUCAUGGCAUCUGGAAUGCAUGUUGAAGUCUGUGCGUUUGCAUUCUUGUAAAAGUGCGUUUGAAGUGUUGGUUACUGCGCGUUUGUGAAAUGAGAACAGAUCCACUCCGCACUUGUGCAUAAAGUGCUUUGAGGGCACCUCAGAGACAUCACACCUGCCCACAGAUAUGAAAGAACUUGAGUGCCUCACCAGCUACAAAAUCAAGAGGGCUUACUUCGCAUUUUUAAUUGCAACUUAAGGUAUACACCUUACAGUACUGGGCUUCAUGCCAAGGCCUGGCCGGAAAUCUUUCAUCUUCAUAAAUUUUUGGAGCAGCUGUUCAUUUUUCUGCUUUUAAAUCAGACAAAGAAAGCUUUUUGUGACCGUAUUGAUGUUUCAAUGCAGCUAGCUCAUGUGACAGCUGCAAGGUUCUGUGUGCUGUGUGUGCACGUCAAAAGUAUUUGAACACAUACUGUGGAGCAUGUCUUUGGAUCAUACUGUGUGCAUUGUAUAUUUAGGAUGUUUGCAGAGCACUGCCUACUGUAUUCAGUAAUGUGCUUGACUGUAAUAUCACUCCAAAAUCUGCCGGGUAGAAAGAAGCAUUGCCUCCCUUCUCAUCCGGCAUUAAUUGAUAUAGUCACUACGAUUCAGUAAUUGUCACUUGCAAUAUACCUGAAAUUUUGCAAUCGGGCGCUUUCAGUAUCUGCACAAAGGUGUUGGAGUGAAGGGGCAUUCCAUUUCAUUCAUUGAUCCUUAGGGGCCCGGAGGGCAUUGCAUAAGAGGGGCACACAAGAGUGUAUUAUGCAAUCAACAAGCAACUCCUUACAGCAGGAGUAGUUUAGAAGCAUUGCUGAAUUGCAGUCACUACUUCAGUCAAGGCUGACCUCAGCACAGUUGAUUCAAGUAAGAGUGAACUUCAAGUGGAGGUAGCAUUCAUGAAUCGGGAAGUGCGAGUACCGUCGUGCUAAGUCCUCUUGGUAGCUUUUGAAUAUUGUUAAGAAAAGUUGAAAUUUUCAGGAAGGGGCACAGUUUUUCUAUGCCACUUCUUUUUUCUCCCGACACUGUUUGUUUCUUAAGCUGCAAAGUUUCAAGAGAACAUUUCCUUUGCCACUACAUGUUGCAGCAGUUCGUGCUCAACGUUAAGCUCAAAACGUCCCGAGCGCACGGUUGCGUGAAUGACACCACGUCGACAGGAGCAUUUCACGCACAGGCUUUAAAGAUAACGAGUAACUCGAGUGUGAGCUAUAUUCAUAGCCGGCGCUGCCACAUGAAUGCCUUGUCAGGCGGUCCACAUGUAUAAUGCAACAUGCAGCACAAGUUAUGUACAGCACAUGAAAAAAGUGAGUUCAUGCGAUGGCUGCUUGCGGCCUCAUCAUUUCAUCUAUCGUAGCGUCAUUUAGCUUCCCGUCUUUUUUCAUGCCUCUCGGGUACGAGCAAAGGUGCGGAGUGUACUGUGUACAUUUUGGUUUCUUGCCAAGAUUUUUGGGGGUGUGAUGUACGGUCGGGUUUUGGAAAUGUGUAGGCCCAAGUGCAUUUUCUUCACCACAGUGUCUUUUUUUCUUACUUCUGUAGUUGUAGUCUGUGUACAAAGUUUUGUGAGACAAGAAUUUUUUUUCAUUUUGCUGAGGGUUACAAACUUCGAACAAGAGAGCUGCAUACAAGAAAGGAAAGUCUGAAGUUUGUGAUGAGCGUAGCUUUCUUACCCUUCAGUCCUUCAAACUGCUUAAAGUGUACAUAACAGGGUUAGUAUGACAUACAUGAAGUAAAAAUAAUGCUUUCUGACAUCGUUCAGAACAAGUUGUUUGUCAUGUGUUGAGUAGUUCAUGCAGUAUGUUAAUGCAAGUGAAGUGCAUCACUGCAAGUCAGUGAUGAACAUAAUCACCGUCAAGGUUAGUAGGCUUUUGUAGAACCAUUACAUAAGAGUUGGGCAAAUUAAAUCAACAGAAAUCUUGUGCAAGGUUGCCUUAUUUUUAGUUGCUUCCAGGAGCAUUUCAAAUCUGCGUUACACUGACAGCAUCUGCUAAUGCAUCCCUACUGAACACACUGGUAUGCAUUCUCAUGAUUCUGUAUGAUAUUCGUAUGUGGAAAGAAAAAAAAAAAGCGGAGCUGGUAUAAUUUUCAUACCAAUAAUACGGAAAACUUUUGAAAUUAUGAAAAUCCACAUGCAUCUGUUAUGUUACGACAUGUUAACUCAUUGCAAAAUAUAAACACAAUUCACAGCUCGCAUCUCAUACAUUAGCCUAGUGCACAGGCUAAUCCUUUUCUACGCACACACCAGAGUGUCAGGCACAUCACCAUCAUAUUGUUACUUUUUACAUUUAUUUGCAGAGUGAAUAUAUAGCGCAUACAAAUAAUCGGUAAUAAUAUAUACGACAGCAGGAGCAUCAUUAUGCACCCUGAAAUGUCCUUGAGCUUGGAGUGAAGAAAAUGAUUGUUGCAUACGUGGGCUGCCGUGACAUGAUGAACCAUUUGAGUGUGCAGCUGUGCAUUCGUCCUUACUUUUUGCCAGCUUGGAGGAUUUUCUAAGCCCCGUGUGGGUUUGGGGCUGCAAUCAUAUAUUGACAUGUGACCGCUAUGGACUGGCAAUAUUUAUUAUGUAUCUGCUUUGAGUGAAAGCUAUCAUUUUGCUUCUCUCUUUGUAAAUAACUAAUAAAAGAGCACAUAUUCUA